UUGACAUAUAACUUGACAGUGGAGUAAUCUUAAUCAUCUGGAAGUUUUUGUUUGUUGCGCAAUAAAAUAAUCACAGUACCGGAGAAAAACAAACUUCAUCUUCAUUUAUUACUAUUAAUAAUUAAAUCCUCAAGUUAAUUCCAUUAUGGCAACCAACACAUUAAUGGACAGAUUAAGAACAUUCUUUGGGUUGUGGCAAGAGCCACCAAGAAAUGACUUUCGGAAUCCGAUAUGGGGGACGGACGACGACGACGAUGGAGACGAACUUUAUACAAGACAACAAAUAAAGCCAUACGACCCGAACGACGUGCACAGAGAAUUUUCAAGGCAAAUCAAUGAGAUGUUCAGAUCUUUUGGUAACAUUUUCGAUGACAUGAAAUCAUUUUUUCAAGACGACCACUUCGAAGACUUCGCCGGUUUUGCUGAUAUACCGAGCGAGCCCGAAAAUUUCAAUAGCAAAAGCAUACGAGACUACUAUUUGAAACCUGGUUACCAUAAUCAAAAACACGAAGAACCUAAAGACAUGGACUUAGAUGGUAAGAUUUCGUCGAACGAAAUUUCUGGAUUGUUGAAACAGAAAGAUGAUAAACGUGACCACAGCUCUUUGGUACCAUUUAGUGGUAAUAUGAUUCCUGGCAGAUCAUUUUGUAAAACUGUUAUUACAACAAGUGUUACUAAGCCUGAUGGAACAGUUGAGACUAGAAGAAUUAUAAAAAAUGGCAAUGAUGUUGUUGAAGAAACUGUUACUUCAACAGGUCCCACUGACUCUAGAGGUCCAUACAACACCAACUCAGACUCUUUUGCUCCUACAGGCUUUAUUUACAACCAUGUUAUGACUGAACUGUCUUCAUUGUUUAAAAAUUUCUACUGAAGUUUGCUUCAAUUGCAUAUUAGAUUAUGCAUUAAUAGCAAAUAUAAUACUUUUAGCUUCUUAAGUUUCAAAAUUGACAUCUUAAAUAAAAUUUCUUGUUCAUCAACAAGAUAGUUAUUUUAUGGAUAUAUAAACUUUUAAAUUGUGAUAACAAAAUAUGUAAAAUAGCUAUUAUAGUCUUUCUAGGGCUAAUGAAAUGGUCUAAUUUUUAUUAUCUACUUUUAUCUUAAAAAUUGUAGGUACUUAAAAUAUCUAUACUAUUUAUUCAUAUGAUAUUAAUAAACUGUGUGUUUACACUUGAGCAAAUACAGUCUCAACAAUCUUUAGAUGUUUUUGUAACAGUAACAUUUUUCUAGAUUUUAAAUUACUGUGUCAUAAAUAAAAAUAAACAUUAUAAUUCACAUAAUUUCAAGCUUUAGUAGGAAAAAAUUGAAAUACUAAUUACAUAGCAGUUAAGUAAGUGGCCAGAUUCUAAAAUUUCUGUAGUUUAAAAAAAAAUAUUUGCUAAUUUGAUUACUAUGUAAUUUUAGAUAAUGGAAUUUGAAUCAUUAUUUGAUAAGAAAUGAUAAACAUUUUGAUUGUAAUAAAUUAUUAUAUUCUUACACAUAAACAGUUGUAGAGAGCACUAUUGGUAAAUAAAUAAUGAAUAUAAUAAA